CCCGACUGCUCGGAAGGUGAGCAGGUGUCCGGGCCCUGGAGGAUGGCUCCAUCCCCAAACAGGUGACGUUCGAGGACGUGGCUGUCUACUUUUCGCCGGCGGAGUGGAUGGAGCUCGCAGAAUGGCAGAAGGACCUGUAUCGGGCCGUGAUGGUGGAGAAUUACGAGGUGGUCGCCUCGCUGGGCCACCCCCCCACCAAGCCCGAACUCAUCUGCAAAAUCGAGCGGGACGAGGCGCCGUGGACGGAGGAGAGUCUCGCGCCCCCGAAGCGGGGGCGGCCCCGGAGCCCCUGGCUGGCAGGAGACGGAAUUAGGAUGGCGGAGGAGGAGGAAGGGGAACGGGCCGGCCUGGGCCGCCGGCGCUGCAGGGCCCGGCGGAAGAGAGGGAGGAGGCCCGCUUCCCCGGGAACGGAGAAGCCGGCCACGCGAGCAGCCGGCGCAGCCCCCAAGACGGAGGACGGCGGCCCCCCCCCGAAGGACGCUGAAGAUGAACCCGCCCGAGUGCCCCGAGUGCGGCAAGCGCUUCCUGAGCAACGUGGCCAUGACCAUCCACAUCCGCACCCACACGGGCGAGCGCCCCUUCCGCUGCCACCUCUGCCCCAAGGGCUUCCCCUCCAUGGGCGACCUGAAGCGGCACCUCAAGACCCACCUGCGCCCCCGGGAGCCCCCCGAGAGCGGGGCCGCGGCCCCCAAGGCCAAGAAGUGCCUGACGGCCAAGCUGCAGCUGCUGCGCCAGCUGGGGGCCGCCCCGGGCCCCCGGAGGCCCCACACCUGCGCCCAGUGCGGCAAGAGCUUCGGCAAGAAGCAGGACCUGCGCAAGCACCUGGGCACCCACUCCACGGCCCGGCCCUUCCCCUGCGCCGAGUGCGGCCGCCGCUUCCGGCUGAAGCAGAUCCUGGUGGCGCACAUGAAGGUGCACGUGGGCGAGCGGCCCUUCGCCUGCGCCGAGUGCGGGAAGCGCUUCAGCCAGAAGCACCACGUGGAGAGCCACCAGCGGGUGCACACGGGCGAGAAGCCCUUCGCCUGCUCCACCUGCGGCAAGCGCUACUCGCAGAAGCAGCCGCUCAUCAGCCACCUGCGCGUGCACACGGGCGAGCGCCCCUACGGCUGCGGCGCCUGCGGCAAGGCCUUCCGCAACCAGGCCACGCUGACCAUCCACACGCGCAUGCACACGGGCGAGCGCCCCUACCGCUGCCUGCUCUGCGGCAAGGCCUGCAGCCAGCUGCAGCACCUCAAGAGCCACCAGCGGGUGCACCGCGGCGAGCAGCACCUGAUCGCGGCCGGCGGCGGCGAGGCCCUGGCCCUCAAGCGCGCCCGCGAGCUGCAGGAGAAGCCCCACCCCUGCGCCAAGUGCGAGAAGCGCUUCCGGGACCGGCGGAUCAUGGAGGCCCACCUCAAGACCCACGAGGAGAAGCGGGCGCCCCGGGACGGGGCCCCGCCCGGCCCGGAGCGGCCCCCCGAGGCCCUGCCCGCGCCGAGGCCGGCCGGCCGGGGGCGGGAGGCCAGCAAGGAGCAGCCCUCGGCCGUCCCGCCCGGCGCCGCGGCGGGGAAGAGGUCCGUGGUGUGCACCGACUGCGGCAGGCGGUUCACGCAGGCCAAAUACCUGACCCUGCACCGGAGGAGCCACAGAUGA